GAUUCGAACCCACACCUAUUCAAUAGUUUUAUAUGACAGCUAAAUGAUCAUCAGGUGUUUGUGGUGAGUAUAAUAGGAACUGCGCGCGUUGACCGAGAAACUUAAUGGCUGUGAAGGUUAAAUCACAGUAAUUACGGGCCUUACCCCUGGUUAAGCUUACGGCUAACCAUAAGAGAUUGACUUUGUUAACUUAAGUUUCAGGUCGAUAACAUUUUGAACGAGGAACUGAAAUACUCUUUUUUGGUGGAUUAAUAUGCAGAAUUCUAGAUCUGAAGAUGCAGAAUCAACAUCUCUAAAAUCUAGUAAUAACGUAUGCAUCGGAAAGUUUCUGCGAUUAACUACACUUAGCAAGGAGAAAACUGAUCGCACGCACCUAAUUUACUCUCAAUCUGUAUGCCUCAGGAUUGGUCAUUCAUAACGUCUGCAUGCAGCGGCUGCGGCAUGGAGAAACAAGAAACAAAAGAUGCAAAGCAGUGGAGAUGUGUGUAUCGUUCCGUGAGAAUGGUCGCGAGCUAUUACAGCUCACAGUUAGCCGUUACCUAGCUCAUUGUUCCGCACACGACCGCUCUCAUCUAGGGGCGGAAUUUGUGACGUCUCGCCGUGGGAACCUCAUGAUAGUCCAUGAGGGUAGGACGUUCAUCCACGAGAGAUCCAUGGGUACCGUGAUACCGAGGUCUAGGUGGGUGUGCAACAAAAAAAGGUGGUUAAAAUGUAGAGCGUCCCUGACUACUGUUGAUGGAAUCAUUGUCAAGAAAUAUGGAACGCAUAAUCAUCAUUGACAAUGUGGCUUGUAGGUAAUUACGGAAAUUUUUACUUCUUCUGCCUGUAUGUUAAUUGAUUUUUUCAUUAGGAUUCCUUAGCUACUUGCUUUUCAAAACAAGAUUUUUUCUGUUUCUUUGUUAUAUUCUGCAAAGAAAAAUAUAGAAUAACGACUCACUUAGACACCGGCAAACAAUUAGGAGAAUUAUUCAUAUAUCUACUCAAAAAUUAUUUUCAUACCUACAUUCGUCAUACCUCAUACGUAGCUUAUUGCUAAAUGCCAAGUUUUUAUGUCUGUAUGAAAUCCACAGGAAAACUGACAUCAUUCAUAAAGAUAACAUUCCAUUAUCAAGUAUGAGUGUUAGAAUCUAAAAUCUACAUUGUUUUCCUGUAAUGUAAAAUUUACAUUUUUGUUGUUAAGUAUUUUCGAUAAAUUAAAACAUAACAUAAACACACGAUCAGCCGAUAAAGUCGAUCAAAUCCGUAAGGUUUUCUACCUCAAUGAAAAACAAUUAGUUUAAAAAAAAAACGUAGUCGCAUUAAUGGUGCAUAUUGUAGAGCUCGACUCUAUGUACUGUAAACUGUUUUUAUUUGUACAUAACGUUGACGAUAUUGCAAAAUCUAUAUCAGUUGUUGUGUAGGUUAAUGAAUAUGUAAUAUUAUGUAUUAGGUUAUGUUACUAAUCAGUAAAGGCGUAAAUGCGUAAUGCCUUAUUAUACCUCAAUGGUAGAGAGGUAACUUAUGAAUGUAGUGUGAAAUGUUUCUAAGCUGUUCAGAAAUAAGCUAAGUAGAAGAUAAUCGUCUAACGACAAUAACAAAUAAAAUAGGGGCCUUAUGCCCGUUUUCACCAUCAA